ACUGUUCACUUUCUCUCUCUUGUUUCCCUCUCUUGUUUCUCUCUCCUAUAGUUUCUGCUUCUACUGCUACUACAAUACAAGCCGACGACAAAGCUCCGCGCUGGCAAAGAUUCCCUCUUCACCCUCCCACACACUCUCUCUCUCUUUCUUUCUCUUUUUCUCUUUAUCUUCUUUUGUUCUAACCCUAAAAUUUUUCCCGAGAAGCAAACGCUGCCCCACUACCUCCAUCGCUAUCUCAAUCAUGGCCGUGGUUUACUUGAUCUACCCAUCAUAACUCACCGUCCUCUCUCUUUUCAACCGCUUCAUAAUAAUAAUAAUAAUAAUAAAUAAUAUUUAUUCUUGUUAGCUUAAAGAAAAAUAAACUAAAAUGGGCUGCGCCAGCUCCAAGGUCGACGAUCUCCCGGCGGUGGCGCUCUGCCGAGAGCGUUGUGCCUACCUUGACGAAGCUAUUCAACAGCGCUUUGCCUUCGCUGAGUCUCACGUGGCUUACAUUCUCUCUCUUAAAGGUAUUGGUAACUCAUUGCAAACUUUUGUUCAGCAGGAAUUGGCUAAUUCUUCUGGGUCUCCUCCUUCUCCCAAGCUUAAUCUCCCUCCUCAUCGAAAAGGCGAUCCUGAUGUUAGUAGUACUAUCAAAGCUUCGAAAUCGCCCCACCAUCACGACAAUUCCGAUGCUCAUCUACAAUUCCAUUCCGAUUCCGACUCUGAUGAUUCUGGUUCGCUUCACCAUUCGGAUCAUUCAUCGCCCUUGCACAGUCCCGGGGGUCAUUAUGAUUAUAUGGAAACGGAUCAAGGAGGAUUGGGCUCGUAUGGAGGAGGGUUUUUGAAUAUGAAUUAUAUGAAGAAUAAAGCUACGCCUUCUGUGGUCUACGAGCAGAGACCCGGCAGUCCCGAGACCGUACAUCACAUGGGUGACGCUUCUUCUUCUUAUUACCCUUAUCCUAUGAGCAAUAAUCAGACUCAAUAUCCGUAUUAUGGGUAUGCCAAUUCUGGUAGUGGGAUGGGUGGGUAUUAUGGUAGUUCUUCGCCUGCUCCUUAUGGGGCUAUGUCGGCUGGAGCUCCCCAGGCUGUUGCGUCUUCGUCUAAGCCACCGCCUCCUCCGCCUUCACCACCAAGGGCUUCGCCUUGGGAUUUCUUGAACCCGUUUCAGGGUGAGGACAAGUACUAUUGGCAGCACACCCCGAGCCGAGACUCAAGGGAGGUGAGGGAAGAGGAGGGAAUUCCUGACUUGGAAGAUGAGGAUUAUCAGCACGAGGUUGUGAAGGAAGUUCACGGUGAUCAGAGGUAUGCUGCAGCUGAUGGUGGUAAGCAUGCCAAGGCGGCCGCCGCGGCAGUUGAUGACAAGGUUAAUGAACCAGAGGUCUCACAUUAUCAGACUAGGCCGCGCGAUUCGAUGGAGAAUGAAGGGAUGGAAUAUGAGGUUCACGUCGUGGAAAAGAAAGUUGUUGAUGAAGAGGAGAGGUCGAAGGACCGCGGCGGCGGGGCUGCAUUCAAGGGUCGAGGUGGUUACCGGGAUGUUUUUGAAGCGGUCAGGGAAAUUGAGACCCAGUUUCAACGAGCGUCAGAGUCUGGGAAUGAAAUUGCUCAGAUGCUCGAGGUGGGAAAGCUUCCGUAUAACCGUAAACAUGCUUCCAAGAUGUUACAUGUGGUUACUCCAUCUCUGUCGGUAGUGUCCUCACAGCCGUCUACAUCUGCGCCCUCUUCCUCUUCCUCUGCGGCUGCUCCUGCCCAGUUGGACUUUGAAGAAGAGUUGCGGACAACGUCAAAAAAUCUUUCUUCUACGUUACACAAACUGUAUCUUUGGGAGAAGAAACUCUAUAAUGAAGUUAAGGCUGAGGAAAAGAUGCGGGUAAUCCAUGACAGGAAGUGCCGUAAGCUGAAGCGAUUAGAUGAAAAGGGUGCCGAGGCACACAAAGUUGAGGCAACUAGAACUUUUAUAAAGGGUCUCUCCACAAAGAUUAGAAUUGCAAUUCAAGUUGUUGAUAAGAUUUCUGUGACAAUUAACAAGAUCAGAGAUGAAGAAUUAUGGCCACAAUUAAACAAAUUAAUACAAGGGUUAACCAGGAUGUGGAAAUGUAUGCUUGAAUGUCACAGCAUACAAUGUGAAGCCAUUAGAGAAGCUAGAGCUCUGGGUUCUAUUGGAUCUGGUAAAAAGCUUGGUGAUGCUCAUCUUGAAGCAACUUUGCAGUUUGGGCGUGAGCUUAUUAACUGGACUUUCAGAUUCUCUACUUGGAUAAGUGCCCAGAAGGGUUAUGUGAGGGCCCUAAAUAAUUGGCUCGUCAAAUGUCUUUUGUACGAGCCUGAAGAAACACCUGAUGGAAUAGUUCCUUUCUCACCUGGUAGGAUGGGUGCGCCUCCUGUUUUUGUAAUCUGUCAUCAAUGGUCACAAGCUAUGGAUAACAUAUCUGAAAAGGAAGUGGUUGAUUCUAUGCGUGUAUUUGCCUCAAGUGUGCUUCAGAUUUGGGAACAAGAUAAGCAUGAACUGCGUCAACGGAUGAUGGCAAACAAGGAUCUAGAGAGAAAAGUUAGGAACAUGGAUAAAGAGGAUCAGAGGAUGCAGAAGGAGAUUCAGGCAUUUGACAAGAAAAUGGUGAUGGUCACAGGGGAAAAUAACAAUCUAUCUGUAAGUGGACACAUUGUAUAUCAAAGUGACACUAGUAAUGCUAGUCUUCAGGCUAGCCUGCAACGUAUCUUUGAGGCCAUGGAAAAGUUCACUGCUAACUCAAUGAAAGCUUAUGAGGAGCUUCUGCAGCGCAGUGAAGAAGAAACCCAUUCAAGAGAGCAAGAGUCAUAGGGCCGUGUUGUGAAAUGUGAUGUGUUCUGAGAUGGAGUUUUGCAUCGAUUUAAGUUAUUGGAAACUCAACUUUGACAGAUUAAAUUGAGUUGAAUGGGUUCAUCCCUUGUCAGGAGUCUUGUACUCUGUUUAAGUGUUUGACUGCAAUUGCUGGUUCAUGUUGGCUAUGAGAACCAAGAUAAUAAGUCGAAGCCCGAAUGAUAUGUAUACAUGACUCAGCAUCAGUCUGGAGUCAUCUGGUAGAUAUAUCAUAUUUGGAAGCACCGUCAUUCAGUUUAAUAUAAAAACUGCAACUUUGUACUGCCAGGGUGAAAAGGAAGAGGCAGACUAAAAGUCCAAGCUAUUUGGAAUACUGCUGUUGAAUUUGCUAUGAAAGUGCAUUCCGGAAUCAGGUGCUGAUUUUGGUUCGAGUUGCUCGAGCAAUAAGGCAAACACGAGAUUGUUUCCUGAACUUUCCCAAGGGGUGAAAGUGAAAUAAAUGCCAUCUUCUAAAAUCAGGGCUCUGAAGUCCUGAAAUUAAUCUUAAUGCAAUUUGACAGUGUUAUGGGCAUUGUACUGAAAGAAUCCAGGAGUUGCCUUCCGAAUGAAGAGGCAUGAACAAGUGGGGCAACUGCAUGAUUUCAGUAUGCGAAAAUCCUUUCAAUUUUGCCUGAUGAUGACAUUCAGUGUAGGUAUAUUUGAUGGCUGCCUUGAGUGUGAUGCAAGUCCCUUAAUGCCCCAUUAAUUAUAAAAUCUUGUACCAUAUAUAGAUCCCUUUUCCUAGCUUAGCUUAUUUUAUUUAAUAUUAAAUUAAAUUAUUGUACAGAAGACUUUGUUUUUUGGACAUUUUAGCCGAGUGAGAACACUUUUAAUAAUAAAGCGGGGUUUGAAAUUAACCAAGUA